UGCAGCUUUGGCAGCUUCUUAAUGAUGGCAACCGAGGACUCUGAACUUCGUCAAAGAAAAAAGAAGCAAACUAAAAAGACUACGGAUGCCAUCACUGGGCAAGUGGUCGAUGGCGAGGAACUCGUAAAAUCGGGAAUUGAAAAAUUGCAGGAUCUGAAGAAGAACCUCGUGUCUGGAAGUGACACUGAUGAGGCUGAGAAGAAAGCCAAGCCGGUGGCGGCGGCGGCUCGUGCCCCUGCCGGCGGCGGCGUCCCAGCCACACCACGGCGUCGACUGGGUGGCGCUGGUGCUGCUGGUGGCCGGCCUCGUCACCAGGCUUUACCAGCUCGGCCUGCCCCGUGCCAUCGUUUUUGACGAGCUCCAUUUCGGCAAGUUCGCGGGCUACUAUGUGAACAACAUGUUCUUCUUCGACUCGCAGCCGCCACUGGGCAAGCAGCUGAUAGCCCUGGCGGCGUACAUCGCCGGCUACGACGGGGACUUCAGCUUCGACCGGAUCGGCUCGCCGUACCCGGCCUCGGUGCCGGUGUACAUGCUGCGUCUGCUGCCGGCCGUGGCCGGCUCUCUGCUGCUGCCAGCCGUCUACUGCCUGCUGCGCCAGCUCGGCCUGGCCAAGUACCCGGCGGCGCUGGCCGGCGUGCUGCUGCUGCUCGAGAAUGCUGUGCUGGUUCAGUCUCGGUUCAUGCUGAUGGAGCCGUUCCUGCUGCUGUUCUCCGUGUCCGGCGUGUUCUGCCUGCUGCGCUUCCGCCAGUACCGCGACCGACCGUUCUCGCGGCCCUGGCUGACCUGGCUGUGUCUGGGCUUCGCGCUGCUCGGGGCCGCCGCCACCGUGCGCUACUCGGGCCUGCUGACGCUGCUGCUGGGCUGCGUGAUCGUCUGCCGCGACUUCUGGACUCUCAUCCCCGUGCGCAGCAUCACCAACCGGCAGCUGCUGAGCCAGCUGGCGGUGCGCGCGCUGCUCAUGCUGGCCGUGCCGGUGGCCGUCUACCUGGCCAGCUUCUACGUCCACCUCAGCGUGCUGUACAAGGCCGGCGCGCACGACAACGUGAUGACCAGCGCGUUCCAGGCCAGUCUGGAUGGCGGCUUGGCCAGCAUCAUCCGGAACCAGCCGCUGGAGGUGGGCCACGGCUCUCAGGUGACGCUCCGUCACACGCUCGGCCGCACCUGCUGGCUGCACUCGCACGAGGGCGUCUACCCGGUCAAAUACGACGACGAGCGCGGCUCCUCGCACCAGCAGCAGGUCUCCUGCUACGGCUUCAAGGACGUCAACAACUGGUGGAUCGUCAAGCAUCCUGACGUCGAAGACAUGCGCGUGACGACGCCGUUCCGGCCGGUGAAGAACGGCGACGUCGUGCAGCUGGUGCACGGCAUGACCAGCCGGGCGCUCAACUCACACGACGUGGCGGCGCCCAUGUCGCCGGGGAACCAGGAGGUCAGCUGCUACAUCGACUACAACAUCUCGAUGCCGGCGAACAACCUCUGGAGGGUGGAGCUGCUGAACCCCAAGGACACCGGUGACGCGUGGCACGCCAUCAGGUCCCAGGUGCGGUUUGUGCACGCGAGCAGCGGCCAGGCGCUCAAGUACUCCGGCCAGCAGCUGCCCGAGUGGGGUCACAACCAGAUGGAGAUAGUGUGCGACAAGGUGGUGCAGCAGGACGAUACCAUCUGGAACGCCGAGGAGCACCGCUACACGCUCGCUGAAGGCAGCGAAAAACAGCAGAAGGACAUGGCCGGCGCCGAGAUGCUACCCGUGGGCAACGUGGAGCUCUCCUUCUGGGCCAAGUUCUCCGAGCUGCAGAUGAAGAUGCUGUUCAACAACCAGGAGACGGUGCAGGGCCACAUGUACGCCAGCGACCCGCUGGACUGGCUGUCGCUGAAGCGAGGCGUCGCCUACUGGAUCAGCCCCGAGAGCAACGCUCAGGUCCACUUCAUCGGCAACGUAGCCGUCUGGCUGGCGGCCAGCAGCUCCCUGCUCGGUUACCUGGCCAUUAUCGGCUUCUACAUGCUGCGCCGCCGCCGCGCCUGCUACGACAUCCCCGAGGACGAGUGGGACAAGAUGUGUGAUAUCGGCCUGAUCAUCCUGCUCGGCUUCGCCUUCAACUACUUGCCCUACUUCGUCAUCGACCACACGUUCUUCCUGCACCAUUAUCUGCCAGCGUACAUCUUCGCUGUGAUGAUGGUGUCCUGCGUGAUCGACCACAUCUUCGUCAUGAUAGACCGGCUGGGCGGCGGCUGGCUGCGCUGGGCGGCCGUGGCCGGCGUGCUCUGCUGGCUGGCCGCCGCGCUGUUCACCUUCGUCCGGUUCAGCGUCGUCGCGUACGGCACCACGGCGCUGACGGCGCCAGACGUACAGGCGCUGGCCUGGCGCGACACCUGGGACCUCAUCGUCCACAAGCCCUAGGCGUCCGCCCGGGGACCGCGCUGCCGGACCGGACCGGACCGGACCGGAGCGGCAGCGUGCGGCUCGCUUCGGGAGGUAGCGAUCUGGACAGGCCGCGGAGCUGUGGCAGCGCUGUUGUGACCAUUGUCUUCCACGUCUCUGGCGUCUGUAGUGGGACGGGUAAGGCGGCCUAUUGGUGGGAUCGUGGCCAACCACGGCAGUAAGAACGACAUCGAAUUAAAGGUACUCGUUGGCGUUCGUGUUUUUGUCUCAAGUUUUGAUACGUUAUUUUAUGUUGACAGUCGCAAGUUACGAACGUGCCCGAACUCAGUUGAUUUUCAUAGUUUGCGUGGCGAAGUCGCACCCGAACAUAAUAUUUUCGCGGUGGAUUUCGUACCGCGCGCGAAGUCCACCCCUCCUGAUGUGGUAGAGGGUUCUGUGGACAUGGAGGCGGCGCGAUUGAGGCCGAAGGCAGCCGGCGUGGAGCAUGGAGUAUACCUGUAUCCGCACCCGCACGGCCUGGUUGGCGGUGCCAGUGACGGAGCCCCCUCCUUUAGAGAAAGUUCCUGUCGGCCGGUGGUCCGACUGGACUCGUCAGAUUGCUGCGCCGUUGCCGCGCGUGAGCGAGGCGCCCGCCGGCCGCGGGGUCGCGUCCGCAGUGUAUCGGAGCCGUCCACUCGUCGAUGCUGAAUCUUAGACAGAUUAGCACUCUUCCAUGUUGUUGUGCGCUUGUACGUCUCCCGAACGGCAGCUGUUACGAGCCCAGUGUUUUGCAAAUAUUUUAUCGGUUUUGGUACUGUACUUCAAUAAAAGCGGCAUAUUUUCGA